ACACGUCGGCUGGUUAAAGACCGUGCAAUUUAAAUUCUCCAAAUAUAAUUUAAAUAUUUUAAAUUAUACCUUCAAUUGGUCACCUCAGAGCACUCUCCAUACGAAAUAUAAAUAAUGUUAUAUGAGGGCUUUGUUUAAUUUAUUUUCGUCGACUAACUGUAUAAUGUAAAAAUAAUUGAUUAAAUGAGAAUCGCUCGAAGGUGCCUCGAUUCACGCGCAACUUCACAUUUAUCCUUGAGCUCCUUGGGGGGAGGGGGCCACUUAUAUGAGUCUUAUGACCUCGUGUCUGCAUACUGCUUCAUACUCUCUGCACGUUGCACCAUUCGUGUAAUUAUGCAAUUUUGUUUUUAAUCAUAUAUAUUAUUACCGUUUAAUGUAGAGUGUUAAUUUAUUAAAGACAAAGCGAAACCGUAUUAUUUGUUUAAAAAGAUUACAAUUGUCAGUUUAUUCGGAUUUCUUCGUAUCACAAAUACUUCGAAACUAUUCGGUAGACAGAUAAAAGAAUAAAGCUUAUAAAGUAAAGAAUAGACGCCUCUUUACUUGUGUGACUGCAAAGACGAUAUAAUUAAAAUUUCUUUUCACUUAAGUAUCGGUAAUAUGAUAUCCGCAUCAUCAAAUACUGAUAAUACCGAAAAGGAAAUUGAAGAUCCCGUCGAACGGAUGUUAAAAAAAACUGGUUGCAUAGAAUUGCACUAUCAAGUUCAAGAAUGCAUAGCUGAACAUCAAGAUUGGAGAAAGUGUCAAAAUGAAGUAAAAAAGUUUAAAGAAUGUAUGGCUGAGUGUACAAAACGACAAGACUCAGGAAGUCAAUAGUACGUGUGAUUGUAAAA